AUGAUGCAUUUGAACAAGACUCAACUGCAAAUCUAUGCUCAAAAGAGAAACUUAAAGCUUCCAGAGUAUUCUUUUGAGUGGGCUGGUUCACUUCACGCUAUACGUUUCAAGAGCAAAGUUACAAUUGAUGGACAAACCUUUGAGAGUCCUAAGUUUUAUUCGACAUUGAAGGAAGCUGAACAUGCAGCAGCUGAAAAUGCUUUGACAUCAAUAUCACCAAGUGGAACUAAAGAGGAUGAAAUUGUGGUAUACAAGAAUCUUUUGCAAGAAUUAGCUCAAAAGGAAGGAUUGAAGUUGCCUGUAUAUAGUACCAAUAAAUCCGGCGAGGCUCACAAGCCUAUAUUUAGUUCACAAGUGGAGAUAAAAGGGGAAAUAUUUACUGGUCAAGAAGCUAAAUCCAAGAAGCAUGCUGAGAUGAGUGCAGCCAAAGUUGCUUAUACAUUUUUAGACCCAAAAAAAAGAGUGUAA